AUGGCCGUGUACCGUACCUGUCUAGACUACGGGCCACUGUCCGUCCGCGCCGCGACUGGGAAUCCCACUGUCGUUGGGCAGGACUCGCGGCUCACUGCAGCGCGGAUGCGAGAGGAUGCAGAGGAAACGGCCCACUCUGUCUGGGCUUACCCAUCCAGCGCCGCGCCCACCCUUCUGGCACUGGCGCCCACAAUCCCACAUGGUCCUCGUCGUACACCAACAAAUCUGCGGCGAACCUCUUGCCAGCCGAGCAGGAUGCACAAACUCGUUUGGGAAACCUGCGCCCUCCCAUCUUCGACCUGGCCAUGCCCAUCAGCCCGUGACGACUUCUCUCCACCUCGUCCUGUAGGAUGGCCGUUGUGUAAAGUACAGACACCAACGCCACAAUGGAGCCAUGGUCGCGGCACACGGCUGCAGCCUGCGCUCUCGCUGGAAGGCCUCUCAACCGAAACAGCGGAAGGUCGACCAAAGUCAACGUCGGUCCCGCGUUGCCCUUGCCUGACCAUGUCCUGCAAGACGUAUCUCCCGUUCCCUGGGGAGGCCCUUGUCAGUCGUUCAGAGCCUCAAGCGCUGCUCAGACCCCUUCUUGAACUCUCCUCUGCCCACGCUGUCUUUGAAGUGGUGGUUUUGAUCAUGCAAUGGUUUACCGCUACUUCCUUCGUAUGCACUCUGCUCAGUGCUUUCCAAGGCCCUCUUGUCCUGUCGUCGAGAAAUGGCCGCUACGGCUGCAUGACGCCUCAGCGGCCCCAUUGCGAUUCGACAGGAAACGUCGACAACGAAGCAAGAAAGGUCGCGGGUACCGUGGUAUCCCGUAUCCGUGCUGUGCAUGAAUGCCCCAGCCCUGGUUAUACAGCGUCUUGGUCCUUCCAUGCCAAAACAAAAAAACAAUCCCAGAGUCCCCCCUACCACUUCUCGGCACACAGUUCUCCCCCUCGAUAUCUUGAUAUCCAUGAUUUCACCCUCUCAUUGGACUCGACCACCCUCGCCCUGGCCUGA